AAGUGUUUGUAAUAAGGAGAACUCCUCACAUCUUGACCUAGCAGCAACACAGAGCUUAGUAGAGCAAUGGAAGGGAGCCCCUGCCAUGAGUUCCACACUGACCUCCCAGCCACGGACGUGUGGGAGGUCUAUGGCAGCCUCGUUCUUGGGCAAUUGGUCCCCCAAUUGCUUCCUCAAGUGCUGUCAGAGGUUGAGCUUGUAGAGGGAGAUGGCAGCGUAGGAACGGUCCUGCUUGUCACUUUCCCUUCAGCAGGAGCUUCCGGACCAGUAAGUUACAAGGAGAGGUUCACCAUGAUCGACGAUGAAAAGUACAUCAAGGAGGUAGCAGUGAUUAAAGGAGGCGUUCUAGAUCUUGGCUUUCAGAAAUAUGUAGUGCGAUUUGAGAUUGAAGGAAAAGAAGAUGGAACGACCAUUAUAAGAUCAACCAUCGAGUAUAAAGUUGAUGCAGAGCAGACAAGCAAUGCCUCAAUUGUCAGCACUGAAGCUUUGGCUGCUAUUGCUGAAGCCAUCACCAAGUAUAUCAAAGAGCAAAUGAGCCUCUAGAAAGCCUGCGAAUAAACUUCAGAAGGACAAGCACUCAAACAAAAUUCUGAAGAACAACGCGCCCAACUGAAGUGAUUGGCAGCCAAGUUUGAGCUAAUUCCCAUGUACUAUUUUGUUCUAUGUUUUUCUCAUGUCUAUCGUAUUUUUAUAUGUUAUGGACAGAUGUUCCAAUAUGUUGUCAUGUACAAGUUUAUAGACAAGUAUAUGUCUGAAUAUUGUAAAAAAAAACAUGAGAGAAGGCAGCUGUUUUAUAUU